AUGAAGAUUCCAAGAGGUAGUGAUGCUCGAUUGAAGAUUCUUCUCCAGGUUAGAUUUUACCGGAAGAAGUUCAGACCUGCUGGUAGCCAUAUUUCUCUGCUAAAGCACCGACAAAAUGAUACUUUUCAGGAACGCGAGUACCGACUUCAAGGUGAGUCUGUAGAAAGUGUAGAAAGAGAUUUGAGAAGGCUAGGCUUCAAGAGUUUGUCCGAGACGGGCCCUGCUGAUGACUUAUUCGUGCACUAUCUGGACACAAGUUCCUCUCCUUUCAAGAAAUCCACGGCCCAACUUAAAUCAUUGAAGUUGGCCCUUAUGAAUGCAGAAAGUCAAGGAAAUGACAAGAUGAAGGCAUUGUUUGAUUUUGUUUUGAAGGAAUCGGAACGAGAGGUCAAGAGGAUCGAAAACAUGGGUCCUGAACAGAUCUAUAGAAUGCAAUCUCAAACACAGGAUAUUGAAAGUGGCACCAAAAAUCGUCCAAAAAGCAUAACGUCAGAGAAGGAUUUGGAGCAAGCCAUUUUCAGCGAUUUGCAAGAUGCCUCCGACGCCGAUAACUCAAUGUCAUUAUUACCCAACAUCGAAAAUAUGUUCAGAAUUCUUUCUGAUCUUAACAUGAGAAGACUCGCGUCGAGCGAUAUAAUAUCAGUGGAACAGAUGGUGAUGGCUUUUGAAAUCGCGAAGCUGAUACCAAUAAGCGAGUUCCGCCAGCGAGGCGUCCUGCUCUCCGGCCACCUGCUUUAUUCAUUAGGAAAGGUUCGAAUGGAUCCCGUGAAUGAAUCCUUUUAUAUUGAAUCCCUAGUAUUCUACGGGUUUUACAAAAAGGCUCUUGAGCUUUUCAACACAAAUAGAGAGAAGGUUAAUCAGCGUUGGUGGUAUGAGAUGGGUAUGAUGGUUUGUCUGAGAGCAAACCAAUUGGCACAAUUUGACAAGCUUCUCGACUGCACCUUUGAAAAGUUUGGUUCUGAUUACUGCUCACCCAAAGUUUUGCGAACUGCCAUCCGCAAAAAGCUCUAUAUAAGAGAUUUCAAAGGUUCUAAAAUGUUAACCAAGUUAUUCUUGCGAACGGUGUCCACUGUUGGCUGGACCCACUCAAAGUCAAAUACGGGAAGGGCAGCAUCUCGCACUGUAUUAUUUACAGACGAAAAACAAGCUGACGAUUUUUUGAAUGGAAGGGAACAACCGACAGAGGCAGAUUUUAUUGCAAUAAUACAAUAUCAUUUGUUUAGAAAUCAGAAAGAGGAAGCGCUUGAUUUGCUGGCCAAGUUAAUCUUGUCUUCAGAUGUUAACCACGAGCUUCUUACAAUGGUCGUAAUCAAAUUAAAAUUGUUUUUGCUCAAGAAUUUUGGUGCUCUCAAGACUGAGCUGCAGCCAUACCUCGGUCACGAUAACAGCAAAGGGAUUGAAAAGAUGAGGAUUGCCUUUGAAGGUGCCACAGUGCAAAUGAAUGUUCGAAAAAUUAGAAAGACGUAUGACAAUAUCCUUUUUGACAAUAUUACCGCUAUUGCUUCACAGCCUAGGCUGGCUGAACAGAUUCAACGAUUUGCCUUAGAUCCCAAUCAAUCACCAGACCCUUCCCGUCACGAUUUGUCUGUUAGAGAAUCAUCAAUACAAAUGCAAAACAUAUUAAAAUCGCUUUUGAAGAAUGAUAUGGAGGCCCAGGCACUUGAAGUUUUGACAAACCUUGAAAAUCUGCGGUUAGGAAGCCAUACCUCCGAAGUAAAUGCGCAUCAUUACACUGUGUUCAUUGAUCACUACAGCCAUAAAGCUCAACGCUCGCAGAAUGAUAAGGACAUUGAAAAGUAUAGAAAGCAAAUCGCAGCCAUCGUAGAACGAAUGGCCUCCCGAAAUUUGCAGUACAACUCAACCCUUCUUUCAUCACUUUUGAAGCAUUACAGGUCCGUUGGUGACUUUGACAACUGUUUCAACAUUGUUAACUCAAUUUUUGAUCACAAACUUGCUAAGGCAGAAACAAGCGGCCAAAAUACCUCUUUGGAGUCAUUCUUCGAGAGACGCCAGGUGACAAAACCUUUGUACCUGCAACUUUGGAAAUCACUAGAUUUAUACAACUCUUUUUUUGACAAUGGAUUAGGUAUUACUGAAAGACGUUCUAAUCAUGGUGCUUGGAAGCGUAACCUAAAAAGGCAAAGAUCCAAAAUAAACAUACACCCUGCUUUCGAUUACAGGAACUUGUUUAAGACAAUGGUUCGGGAUGAUAACGUAUUACCUGAUGCUAACUUUUAUGAAGCAAUAAUAAAAGGGUUUGUUCGUGUUCGUGACUGGCCAUAUGUCCUCGCUACUUUAAAGUACAUGAGAGAAAUUAGCGGUUUGGAGGUCGAUAAGAAGCUAGAAAGGUUCAUUAAUGGUGGCCUUCGUCUCGAAUAUAUAGCCAUCGAACGUGAAAGAUUGCGAGAGAUCGUUUCAGCAACCCACGACUUCAACACACCGUUGAUAAAUAGCGCUCGUCGGUCCGUGGAGAAUAGAAUCAAGAGCGGCCAAAUUUUGGGAGAUGAUUCCCAGAACGAAGAUUUAGGUUGCGUGAAGAACAUCUUGGACUUUGUCAAUGCUCACCGCCCUGAAACCCUCGUGCAAGUACAGGAGGCUCUUGAAGAGCUUGAAAUUCGGUAA